CCUACCGGGCGGUGUCAGCUGCAGCAAAACGGGACAGAGGAGCGAAGAGAGGCCGACACAGGGUUCCACUUCCCGCUGGGUGAUUUUGCUGAAUAGCGCCAGCGGUCUUCAGGUGUCAGUAUGUCAAAAACAGUAAGCGCUGAGGAGAUGGAGGAGAUCAGGGAGGGCUUCCAGAAAGUGGAUGUGGACGGUAAUGGGUACAUCUGCGCCUCUGAACUCAGUGAUCUCUUCCGCGAGGUGGGCUGUCCUUUGCCUGGAUACCAGAUCCGAGAACUCCUUCAGAAGCUGGACCGAGACAAAGACAGCCGCAUCAAUAUUGAAGAAUUCACGGCUAUUUUCCAGGAAAUGAAGGAUGACCGCAUGGCCCAGGGUUUCAGGAAAGCUCUCAACAAGAAAGAAGGCAUCGUAGCCAUCGGGGGCACCAGUGAGAUCUCUAGUGAAGGAACUCAACACUCCAUCUCUGAGCAGGAGCGCUUUGCCUUUGCCAACUACAUCAACUCAUCUUUGGAGAAGGAUCCAGACUGUAAACAUGUUCUGCCCAUCAACCCCGAGACUGGAGCUCUGUUUAAAGCAGUGGCAGACGGCAUCGUGCUCUGUAAACUUAUCAACCUCUCUGUCCCUGACACCAUUGAUGAGAGAACCAUCAAUAAAAAGAAACUCACUGCUUUCACCACACAGGAGAAUCUGAACUUGGCUUUGAAUUCAGCCUCGGCCAUCGGCUGCCAGGUUGUCAAUAUCGGAGCUCAAGAUCUGAAGGAGGGAAAACCUCACCUGGUUCUCGGGCUCCUCUGGCAGAUUAUCAAGAUAGGAUUGUUUGCUGACAUAGAGCUGAGCCGCAAUGAAGCUAUCGCAGCAUUGCUAGAGGAAGGGGAGAGCCUGGAAGAAUUGAUGAAACUCAGUCCUGAGGAGCUACUGCUGCGCUGGGCCAAUUUCCAUUUAAAGAAAGUUGGCAUGUCCAUAUCAAACUUUUCUGGAGAUAUUAAGGACUCCAAGGCAUAUUUCCACCUGCUCGAGCAGAUCGCUCCAGACGGCAGCAAAGAGGACGUUCCUCGGGUUGAGAUCGAUAUGACUGGUCUAUAUGAGAAGGAUCUCACGAAGAGAGCCGAGUGUAUGCUCGUUCAGGCUGAUCGCCUCGGCUGCCGACAGUUCGUAACUGCUACAGAUGUCGUGUGUGGCAAUGCAAAGCUCAACAUGGCCUUUGUGGCAACGCUCUUCAACAAACACCCGGCUCUCACCAAACCAGAGAACCAAGAGUGGAAUCUUGAGAGUGAGACCAGGGAGGAGAGAACUUUCAGGAACUGGAUGAACUCUCUCGGAGUCAGUCCACAUGUUCAUCAUAUCUAUGGUGAUCUGCAGGAUGCCAUGGUGAUUCUCCAGCUAUAUGAGAGGAUUAAGGUGCCAGUGGACUGGGACAACAGAGUCAACCCCCCUCCAUUCAAAGGGAUAGGAGGAGGGCAUUUAAAAAAGAUAGAAAACUGUAACUAUGCUGUGGAGCUGGGUAAGAAUAAGGCAGGUUUUUCUCUGGUGGGAAUCGGUGGACAGGACCUCUACGAUGGAAAUGCAACUCUGACCCUUGCACUGGUGUGGCAGCUGAUGAGGAGGUACACUUUAAAUGUUCUUGAAGACCUUGGACAUGGAGAAGUUGCGGGGGAUGAUUUGAUAGUUUCAUGGGUCAACAAGACUUUGACUGAGGCUGGCAAGAGUUCCCGUAUCAAAAGCUUUAAGGACAAAGCAAUUGGUACCAGUCUUCCAGUUCUGGACCUGAUUGACUCCAUCCAGCCAAACAGUGUGAACUUUGAGCUUGUUAAAACGGAAACGCUGUCAGACGAAGACAAACUGGACAAUGCCAAGUAUGCCAUUUCCAUGGCGAGGAAGAUCGGAGCGAAGGUCUACGCCCUGCCUGAGGACUUGGUAGAGGUCAACCCCAAAAUGGUGAUGACCAUCUUCGCCUGCCUGAUGGGAAGAGGCAUGAAGAGGGCUUAAAGGAGACAAACAUCCACUCACACACACCUGGCGACCGACUGUCUGCCUCUUUGGAUGGAUGACACAUGACCGGAGCGAACAUAGAUAUGUUGUCUUGUUCUUUUAAGUGAUUGUUCUGGGUUAGCCAAAAUAGAAGUAACACUUUAUUCAUCUGUUCUGCAUGAAACUGUUAUAAUACAGUAAAGAACAUUUGUGUACACUGACACAAACAAUAGUGAUCCUCUGAGGGUUCAAAGGGAAUUUGAAUUUCUAAUUGGUCAGACAGUUUGCAGUAAAGUGGGACUUCUGUAACGGCUUCAUGAAUAAUAUUUGGGGUUUUGUUUUGUUUUUUCUACGUCUCAGUUUUGUUUUUGGGCAGCUGAGUGAUUAGCAGAGUCACAUUAAGAAAGACUCAACUUCCCAAAAUGCCCAUAGAUAUGAAUAUCGGUGCGAAUGUCUUUGUCUAGACUGGCGACCGGUCCAGGUUCUGCCCAGUGUAUGCUGGGAUAGACUCCUGCCCGAAUGAAUGAAUAAAGGUUUUGUCUCUUUAAAUGUAAAGGCUUUGAUUAGAUGGGAAACAUUUAAAGACAGUGAUCACUUAACAUCUGUCAGCCCUGUUGAAAGCAAAAAUUCAAGGUAGUGAUUUUUCUUUUCUUACCUCUGCAUUCCUGCUUUUUUGUCCCCUACAUAGCUGCAUUGCCUCAAGGGCUCCCAUGUGUCACUGCCUCAGAGCCCUGCUGUAUCUUCCAAUGUGCCAGCUCAAUGACAGUACGAGCAUUUAUUGUGCUUAAGCCAUAAUAUUCUUUACCGAAGACCUUUUGGCCUUUUUUAUAUAUGACCAAAGCUGUGCUAGAUUAUAGGCAGUUAUUAUCAAACUGAAUACCUUAAUGUUUUUUACCUUUAAAGUUCAUUAAGUUAUCCAUUAAUACUGAUGUAAUUAAGGUAUUAAGGGCAUGAUCAGACAGAUUCAUGGGUGUAUUAUACUUUUUUGUACUUUUUAAGGCACAGAUUUAGGUAUUUAUAAUGGAUUAUCUAUAAGGGCAUUUUAAGGGGUAAAAAAACCCUUUUGAUGGACCAAAUAACAUGAAAAACAACCCCUUAAUGUGAACCUCCAAGAGGGUCUUUUUCAAUCAUGGUGAAUAUUUCAUGCUAUUUGGUAAAUGGUAAAAGUGCGUUUUUUUUUACCCCAUCAACUUAUUACAGUGUACCACGCAGAUAAUCCAUUAAAAAAUCAUUAAUAUAAUACAAGUAUUUGUUAAUUGACCUCAAAUAUAGAAUGUAUACUUAAAUUUGCAACCUAAUUGAAAAGUUAAGGUCCUUUUAAGGUACAAAUUAAGGGUUAGCUGUAAAAUUAAAAAUUAAAAACCCCUUAAUAUAUUACAAUCUAUUAUAGUAUACUUCAUGCCACCACAAGUCUGGGGUUUUAAAUACCCGAAUCCUGAAAAAGAACCCUUCAAACUGUCAUUUAUUUGCACCGGAAAAUAUUUUAGAACCCAAACGUAAACAAAAACCCCAACCUUAACCUUAAAUGGAUAAGUACUCACAGAUCCUUUUUUUAAAAAUAAAAAAAGUUUAUUUUGUUGGUCUGUGCAUUCGUUUAUUUUCUAAAUUGUGGACAUCUGAAAUUUAACAUGUCAAAGCUGCUACUGCUUACGUAUAACCUCAGCAACACAGAAGGUGAUAUACACAUGUAUUGUGAAAAAAAAAAAGACGUCACCACUAGUCGGUGCACUGCUUUCCCCUCGAUCAUCAAAAUGCUGUCUGGAGAUGAUUCCCAGACUGUUCAUACAGGAACAGAACAUCUGAAUUUAAUGACUCCACUGCUGCUGAUAACACAGCCAUGAUCAGAAUAUGAGUUCAGCUGUCAAAAAACAUCCUAUGGCAGAUUUCUAGUUCUGCUUUUAUCUAAAAUAUGUCUUAAUGCUGCAGUUGUAUAUGUGGAUAUGUUCGAAAUGUUAUCAGAUUUCUUGCUGCUGAUGAUAACAUUCCACAGUCAUUAUAUUUUAUCCAAAGUGUCUCUCAGUAAAGGACUCUCCAGUCCAGUCCAGACACGCUAGCAAUACAAAAGUGUACAAUCAGAUCAGUAAUGUUGAAUAAAAGCAUUUUUCCAUA